AAAGAUACAGUCACAGCCACCAGAUGACAGCACCUCAAUCGCCUGCAACUCGUAUUGUUGGUCUUGCCCAUUGUUGAUAAUGCGACCCGUUGCUAGGCAUAAUAAAUAAACGACAAAUAUUUGUUUUGUUGCAGUCAGAAGAAGCAUAGACGUGCAAAGUCUAGAUUAAUAGAAAAAUGAUUGCGAGUACAACGAAUUAUAAUGUGAAAGAACAAGAACCUGCAGCUGAUGGAAUUCAAUUGCACGAUAUGGAGCGUUUUUCUGCAAUGGUUAUGUGUGAAAUUAAAUCUCCAGUUGACCAAGGGAGCAGCCCGCCAGACUCUGUCGGUACAGAAGGCCACACGUCAGAAUCUUCUGGAAACAGACAAAAGGGUUCUUUGCAAGGAAUGAAGCAGGAGUUAAUUCCAUAUAUAAAAACUAACAAGGGGCUCAUAUCCAAUCGCACAGAAUGCAAAAUGUACUUUAUCUUCCUCUUCGUAGUGAUAAUAGGAAUAUUUGGGAGUACAUCCAACAUGGCAUUUUGGUGCAGAGAACAUCUGGAUGAUUUGUUUGUGAACACUAAGUUUCAAGAUGGUAUUAAAGAAAGAACCUUCAAAAACUUAUCAACCAUAACUCAAUUCUGGAAGUUCGCAGAAACUGUAAUGAUCGACAGUAUGUACCGGAACUUCCAAGAUGAUACGCAUCAAGCAUUUGGGUGUAUGUUGCAAGAUAUUAAGCUGGUUGGAGCACCUCGCUUACGACAGGUAAAAGGGAGAAAUGGUUCAUGCAUAGUACGUGAAGCAUUUCAACGAUCAUACCGAGCAUGUCAUGACUUAUAUUCACCUGCGAAGGAAGAUAAAGAACCAUUUGGGCCAGGAAUCGGAACAGCGUGGACUUAUUCCACUGCAGAAGAACUGCGUGGUUCCAGUUAUCGAGGAAGAUUCUCAACAUAUAGUGGCGGAGGAUAUUAUGAAGAUCUGUCACUCAACCGUAGCGAAACCAUUGAGAAAUUGCUUACCUUGAGGAAUAAUCAGUGGAUUACAAGAGGAACAUGUGCCAUUUUCCUUGACUUAACUCUCUAUAGUGCAAAUAUCAGUACAAUCUUUAUUGUGAAGCUUGUUUUUGAGAACACACCAAGAGGACUCUUAACAUCAUAUGACUGCAAGAUAGUGAAGCUACAUCAACUUGUGACCUCAUAUGACUUCGUUGUCGCAGUCUGUGAACUCAUGUUCGUAGCGUUCAUAUUUUUGUUCACCGCAAAAAAGAGAGUGGAUGUUAUGGUCUUCAAACGCAAAUGCAUGGAGUCUGUAUGGGAUGGUUUUGGUCUGGCUAUUCUUAUGCUUGGCUAUCCUAUUAUAUGCUUCAGAAUCUAUAGCUAUGUGGUUAUUGAACCACAAAUAAUUCAAAAUAUUUCAGAGGAGAAGUUUUCAAACUUUGACUCAUAUAAUUGGUAUGAAGAAUAUUACAACUUUGGAGUUGUUUGUCUGUUCACUUGCGCAUGGCCCAUGAUUUUCAAAUAUGCCGGUGUAAGAGAAUUCGCCAGUUUGCUUUGCAGGUACUCCAUGGAGAUGUUUACAGUUUUAUUUAUCUUCUUCAUUAUUAUUGCCACAUACAUUCGGAUGAUAUGUGUACCGUAAUGAACACAGGUCACAAUAACAUCCUACUGUCUACCGGCCAGGAUAAAAUCCCUGUGGUGGGAAGUCGUUUCUGGUGUGGUGCAGGGGGAAUGUUUACUAUCAAGUGGACUCGAGGGCUGCUAUUGGUGGGAAGUGUGACACGCCAGAGUUUUACGCUACUACACAGACUGAAAACAUCAAGCAGUUGAGAGUAGCGUGUAUUGAGUGCGUCUGUACUGUGUUCUGUGGGCGUUGCGAUAAUAUUCUAGAUUAAAUCUCUGUGCCUCUGUGAGGUAAUCUUAAAGCUGUACCCAUUAGAACACAUGAAAUCUGUUGUCUGUUGUUCAUUCAGUGGUUGUGGAACGAAUGCUUUUAGGAUGGGUCGUCACUCACCAUGAAAUCUUGCGCAUGCACAUGUAUCAAAUUCCUACCAGGAAUUUUAUCCUGGUCGGUGGACAGUAGAUUUCAGCAUCCUGACAACAGUAACCAGGACUACUUACCCUUGAGACUUUGAAUCUGACAGGCUCCGCUCACUACUCAUUUCGAUUCGACUCCAAAGUACUUUCAACAACAGUUCAACUUCCUUACCACUGUAUCUGCACAGACUGAUUAUAGAUUCUCAUUAUUGUAUCUGACAAGGACAUAAUUUUAAAUAAAAUUUAAACCAAGUUUUAACAUUGACAACACAGCAUUUCCCUCUUACAAUAACAAACAGCGUGUGCUUGUACAGAACACAAUAAAAUAAAUGAACAAUAAGAAAAUGCAAGAAAUGUAGUGGUGACCAAUUAGUACAA